AAUGAAGCAAAUUGUUUGGAUAUUUUUAAUAAUUGCAACUACAGCAAAUGUCCAGGCAUACAACAAAUACGGACGUGGUUGUGGAGAUAUUUCAUGUGCCCCAGGAGAGAGAUGUAUCCUGUCCAAGGAGCCCUGCACAGGAUCAAAACGCGAUGGCGAGCAAUGCGGAGAGUAUCCUACAUGCGAGGCAAAGGGUCAAUACUCAUCGAGUUCAGGUUGGCAGUUCAAUUAAUUUUUUAAUUUAAUCAAGUAUUCAACUUUAAUUUAAACAGAAUCUGAGGAUCGUGAAAAACGCCAAGCAAAUCAGCAAGGAUACGGAAUGGGUGGAAGCGGAAUGGGUAGAGGUAACAACAUGAAUGGAGGCAAUGGAAACGGUGGAAACGGAAUGGGGGGAAAUGGAAAUGGUAUGGGUGGCAACGGAAUGAAUGGAAUGGGCGGGCGUGGGGGAAAUGGCAUGGGAGGAAACAUGGGCGGCGGAUACACCGGUGGAAUGGGCGGUGGAAAUGGAAUGAAUGGAAUGGGUGGAAGGGGAGGAAAUGGUAAUGGAAUGGGCGGUAAUGGAAUGGGCGGCAAUGGCAUGGGACCCGGAGGAAUGGGUGGAAGAGGAGGUAAUGGCUACGGAAACGGUGGAAAUGGAAUGGGUGGAAACGGAAUGGGUGGAAAUGGUAUGGGCCAAGGGGGAAUGGGUGGUAAUGGAAUGGGAGGACGUGGCGGAAACGGAAUGGGCCCCGGCGGAAUGGGUGGAAAUGGAAUGGGUCAAGGGGGAAUGGGUGGUAAUGGUAUGGGAGGACGUGGCGGAAACGGAAUGGGUGGCAAUGGAAUGGGACCCGGAGGAUAUGGAAUGGGUGGUCGCGGUGGAAACGGAAACGGAAUGGGCGGUCCAAGUGGAAUGGGUGGUCCAAAUGGGAUGGGAGGACCAAAUGGAAUGGGUGGUCCAAACAGAAUGGGAGGACCAAAUGGAAUGGGAGGACCAAAUGGAAUGGGAGGACCUAAUGGAAUGGGAGGACCAAAUGGAAUGGGGGGAUCUGGUAACUGGCAAGGCAAUAAUAAUGGAAAUGGAUCUAGUAACAAUGGUAAUUACCGGAAUAGAAACGGAAACUACAAUCAAAGCUAUACCUCUACUUCUGCCACAACAACAACGGAUGGAUGGUGA